GGGGCGGUUCCUAAGCGUCCCUGGUUGACCAAUCGGAGCGCAGCGGCGGGACUUCUCCCUGUCUUGGCCUUCUUGGUCUAAGAGCCCGGGGAAGCGUCUGCCCCUUUUCUGUGGCUACACGGAGGUAGCCUGCUUCUAAUGAGGUGAUGGAAGAAGGAGGGGCUUAGAGGCGUCCGCCUCUGUUUGUGUGCCGAAUGCACGCGCCGCUUUUGCUCUCUUGCGGGAGUUGUUCGCACGCUUUGCUCCGAAGAGGGAAAGUGUGAGUUGCAUUUGUUGAGUUGCUUCAAAAGGGCCUGCUUGAAUAAGAGAGAAUGGGUCAAAAAAGAAAAGCAAAACUAGCGCCCGUGUGGUAGUCCUCAACUUACAAUCCCAAUUGAACUGGAAUCUUCAUAGUUGGAACAAACCAGUAAUUAAGCUGGAUAUUACCUGACUGUUUCGCUCCAUGAGUGCAACGCUCCAUUGCGGGUUUCCAACGGGAAGGAAUAGAAGGUUGUAAAGGAACAAUGAAAACAUUGGUCAUUGGACUUGGAGGUGUAACCAAUGGAGGCAAAACGACUCUGGCAGGAAAGCUGAAGAAACUGCUUCCCAAUUGUACUAUAAUUUCCCAAGAUGACUUUUUUAAGCCUGAAUCUGAAGUGGCCAAAGAUGAUCGUGGAUUUCUGCAAUACGAUGAGUCUCAACAUCUUUUUUACAUCGCGGCGACCAAAACUGAAUGCAGUAUUCCAAGUGUGGCCUUACAAAGGCAUUAUAAAAUGGCACUAACACUUCACGUGAUCUUGAUUCUAUCCCUAUGUUUAUGCAGCCCAGAACUGUGUUGGCUUUUUUUGGCAGCUGCUGCACAUUGCUGGCUCAUAUCUAAAUGGUUGUCCACUAGGACUCCAAGAUCCCUAUCACAGGUACUACUAUUGAGCAAGGUACCACAUAUACGGUACCUGUGCAUUUUGUUAUUGCCUAAAUGUAGAACCUUACUUUUUUCACUGUUGAAUUUCAUUUUGUUAGAUAGCGCCCAAUGUUCAAGUCUGUCAAGAUCCUUCUGUAACUUGAGCCUAUCUUCUGGAGUGUUGGCUAUUCCUGCCAGCUUGGUGUCAUCUGCAAAUUUGAUGAGUUCCCCAUUUAUCCCCUUGUCCAAGUCAUUGAUGAAGAUGUUGAAGAGUACUGGGCCUAAAACAGAGCCUUGGGGUACUCCACUGCAUACUUCCCUCCAUGUGGAUGUAGUUCCGUUGAGGACUACACGUUGAGUGCGGUUGGUCAGCCAGUUACGAAUCCAUCUGGUGGUGGUGUUGUCUAACCCACAUUUUUCUGCUUUAUCUAGUAGUAGGUUAUGGUCUACUUUAUCAAAUGCUUUACUGAAGUCCAAGUACAUUAUAUUGACAGCAUUCCUCUGAUCUACUAAUUUUGUCACUUUGUCAAAGAAUGCAAUAAGAUUAGUCUGGCAUGAUCUGUUUUUGACAAACCCAUGUUGGCUUUUGGUUAUUACUGUGUUUG